ACCACACACACACAAAUACACACUCUUCAUAUGUGUAACUCAUCAGACACGACCUAUGCGCUAAAACACACACAAAGUCGAAAAUGAGCCUUUGGGUUUUAAUUCACUCGUUUCUUCGGUUCAAACCGGAGAAAUGUGUGUGUUCAGUGUAUUCUCAGAAACAGUGACGCGGAUUUCCACGCAGGACUCUCUCAUCUCCCCUCCUUUGGACAGCGCAGUGAAAGAAAAAGCUGCACUAAACACAGCAGCAGCAGCAACAGCAACAGCAGCAUCAGCAGCAUCAGCACCACCAUAAUCUUCAUCAGCAGCAGCUGCAAGAGUGGGCAUCAAACCCAGCGCUUGCCUGGCAUGGCGUCUGAAGUCCGAUCGAUGACAGACCGCUGAGGAAGAGGAGUGAGUGAUGGAGUCUCUGUUCAGAGGGGAACUGGGAUUGCUGGGAGGAAGUGAGGGAAUGAAGGAGGAUGGCUGCUGGGCGGGCUCACCCUUACCUGAGGAUAUGUACUCUGCCUCCCACUUUGCACUUAUCAGCGCUUACCAGGACAUCAAGACCCGACUGGCCGGCCUGGAGAGGGAGAACACUGACAUCAAAAGGAAGCUGAAGCUUUAUGAGAUAAAGUUUCCUAUGAUCAAUGACUUUGGCGAGGACAGGAACUCCUACUGCUCGUUUGAGCCCAACGAUACGGCCCUGCUCCAGUCUGAGAAUGGCAAUCUGCAACAGAGAAUCAACAUUCUUACCCAUGAGCUUCAAAAGAGUAAAGAGCGGGAGGAGCAGCUGGAAGAUGUCAUUCAGGCCUAUGAGAAGAUCCAUAUGGAGAAGACUAAUCUCCAACGAGACCUGGACAAGAUGACAUCUCUGGUGGAGAAGCACAUGGAGCGCAUCCACAGUCUGGAGGCUGCACUGAGGCAGAGAGAUAGCUCUCUACAUAAAUUCAACACACAACUGCAUAGCAAAGACAUGCAGUACCUGCAGCUCCAUGCCAGUCCUGACACACACAGGCUAGACUGCCCAGCAUUAACCCUCCAGAGCUCCCGCAGUCUGGAUACUCUCUCCGACCUGAAGCUGCAGCGUCUGGAGGCUGAGCUAGAAGGGGCACGGCAUGAGGCCCAAGGAGCAUGUCAGAGGGAAGAGGAGCUAAAGUCUGAAUGCGAGAGACUUCAAGAAGAGCUAAGGGAACUUCAGAACAGCCAGAGACAACAGGAUGUGAACUCCACUUGUGCCCAGUGUGACAUGGAAUGGAUUAAGAAGGUGGGAGAUGAACAAGUGAAUCUGGCUCUGGCCUACACUGAGCUGACAGAGGAGCUUAGCAAACUGCAGGCACUGAGCAGCAAACAGACAGAGAUCCUGAGGAAAGCCUCACAGGAAGACACUAGCCCAGUUCAACGCUAUUCUCCUAUACCUCACCAGAGGCACUCGCCUGUUCCACAACGACACUCCCCCAUCCAGCAACGCCAUUCCCCUAUUCAACAGCGUCAUUCCCCUAUUCCACAGCACCAUUCUCCUAUUCAGCAGCGUCGCUCUCCAGUGUUGCAGCGCCUCUCGCCGGAUAUGCACCGCCGCUCCCCUCUAGCUGAACUUAAUGAUGGCCCAGCUUCAUACACCUGCAGACCACCUACUCAGCACCUAAGAGCCAGUUUCCAGGGCCGCCGCAGUUAUUCAGAGGUUGCAGACCCUUCGGCCUAUCAGCGUCCACCAAGAUUCACCCUCGACCCUGUCUCAACUUUACCGAAGCCCCGUCCUUACAUUGAGAGCUACCACAAACAGCAGCAGCAACAACAGCAGCAACAGCAUGGCCAUAUCCUUGCCCAAAGGCGAGGUUCCCAGCCUGGGAUUCAGACCAUAGCAGGGGAUGGAAGUAUGGCUGAGUCACCGAGACACACCAGAGAUCUCUCUUUCCAGCAUGUAGAAUUGUCACAUCUGCAUUAUGAGCCUCAGCCUUCUCCAAAAACAAUACAUACCUCUCCUCAGCCACCACACUCUUCAGAGGAUGAGGAAGAGUGGACCUGCCCUCAUCCUAUCAGUCCCCCGCGGACACUGGGGACUACUGGCCCUGCUUCCAGCAUGAGAGGCCCUGCUUCCUGUUCAGCCUUCCCCAUCCCAGCUCGGCCCAACACCUUAAGCUGCCACUCACCUGGAUUCCUGCAUGCAGAACAUGCCCAGUCCUGGCCUUCCAUUAAUCUAUGGAUAGAGACAGAAGAGGAGAGUGAUGUGAGGAGCUGCCCUCUGUGUCAACUCAUCUUUCCUGUUGGUUACCCUGAUGAUGCUCUGAUCAAGCACAUUGACUCACAUCUGGAAAACAGCAAGAUCUGACACCACAAAUACCACACAGUUAACUCCACUUUAAUACUUGUCAUCUGUUCUAGCAGCUUAGGUGGAUGAAUUAAAGGGAGAGUGGGUGAGCUAAGACGAGAUCCUCAUAACGGAGGAUUAGCAGAGAUUUAUAGUAUGUAGUGUUUAAGGUUUUCAUUAGAAAUGGCACUAAGAGAUAAAGGUUUUACACCUUCCUAACAUAAUAUUUGCUUAAUUAAAUUAUUUUAACUAUUGUCUUUUUUUUAUAUCAAACUAAAUCCUGUUACAGGCUGACUCUCCAGACAAUAAAACAGUCAUAUACUCAUAAUCCGCAUUAACUAGAGUGUUUGGCUCCAGGCGGAAAAUACACGAGGCAUUAUUUCAAUACUGGAGAUUUUUGUUGUGCAGGCUCAAUUCUGUUAUUUGAAAAACAGUAUAACUUACAUAACUGUUCAUUGCUUAUUUCAGGCCUGCCCACAGUGGCACAUCCAAAAGUCACAUAGUUAUUUAAACUUUAUAAUGAAUGAUUAAAGACUGUGAAAUAAGAGAAGAUGGUGUCCUGCAGGGCAGGACAUCAUGGCCAUUCCAGAAGCAUUAAUAUAGUGUGCUGGUCCAUGACUUCAUUUGUAAGUGAAUCUAAAGUUUAGCACUUUAUACAAAACCGUUAAUAUGUAAUUUAUCUUUACAAAUAUUACUAACACUAAGGCAAAAACAUACACUGUAGAUUUUGUUUAUUUUUAAUAUUAACAAAUGUCUCUCUUAAUUAUAUUAUCUUAGAUUGUUAGAAUGUCCCUUUAACAAAACUAUACAUAUAGAUGUAUGUAAUUCAUAAUGUAAUACACAUAAAUACACCAACUUUAGAACUGCAUCUAUUGCGUGUCUUCCUGUAUACAAAGUUCUUGUAUGAAGAAAACUAAAGAACAUUACCAGGACAUUAAUUCCAUGAUUCUAACAACUCCAAGCCAACUACAACACUAGAUGCUGAUUCCCACUUAAUGACCAAUGAAUAGCACUCAUACUGGAUCAUAUGAAUUAUACUUGUAAGAAAGAAUGGCCUGAGGGUUUUCGGUUUCUAGACAAAACUAAAUAAGAUGAUGUUGCAUUUUUUUUUCCAGUGAAAUAAGCAGACGAUUGUAUGAAUGCAUAAAAAAAAAAAAAAAAGAUUCUUUUUAUGACCAAAUUGCAAAGCUGUUGUAUCGAAAUGCUUUAUGUACUAUAAAUGUACUUGAUCUGUAUUUAAAACUAUUUAAGUGUAUGAAAUUGUAAAAUCUCUUAUGUAUAUAGAUAGGCAUUUUUUUCAAGUUGGGAGGAGAGAAAUUAGUUUGCUGAAGAGUAAAAGUAAAGUUUGCUAACUAAGAAUUACAUGCCUUGAAUAAAUUCUUCUCUGGAGGCAAAGGCACAAGUACAGUAAGCUAUGUUAAUGAGCUACAUUUCUGGCUACUGUCUCUAGAGUGUGUCCUGUAUUGUGAACUCUUUCUGCAAUUUCUAUUACCGUUGUGAAUAGCCAGGACACUUAAUAUCCCAGUGACCCAAUUAUUGAGAUACUAAAGAGAGAAAGUAGAACAGCAUGAUUGCACCAGUAAAGCCUAAAUUACAUACCCAAAUAUAGCUAUGAGCAGACACUGCCUGUCAUAUAGCAAGAGAAGACAACCCAGUCUAAAUACACUGGAAAUAUUAUAAAUAAGAAAUGACCAAGGGCAGUUUACUAAUCUGACGGCUGGAAAAAUAUAUUAAGAGAGGACCAUUUAUUGUGGUCAUUUGAGUGACCAAGAAAUAAAAGUACACUUUAAUCUUCACAGAGGCAGUUUGCAUAUCAUCUUCAUAUUGGUUAAAGUGCAAAGCCUAAUGUUUUUAUCUUGUGGCUAGGAUGUGCAGACCGGUGCAUGCGCAAGUGUCUGCUACAAAAUCAUACAACAGCACAUACAACUCUCACACAUUUAUCAGCCAGACUAGCACCUUUAUUCAGAGUCCUCAAGUGUAGAAACAAAGCAAAAGUUAAGCCAUUAUUCACAAGAGUUCACUCAGGAGUUAUUUAAAGAGCUACUGCUGAUGUUUCUCAUCAUUAGAUCUGACUUCUUAAAAAAAAAAAAAAAUGCAAGCCCUCUCUGGAUCUUCUUCUCUUCUAGCCCUGUUGUUUGGUGUGUGUGUGUGUGUGUGUGUGUGUGUGUGUGUGUGUGUGUGUGUGUGUGUGUGACUACUUUGUGAUAUUCUUAAAUAACUCAGGGGAUAAGACUUUGUGAAUAUGGCUCCUAUAACCGUGCACUCCAAAAUAUCUUUCACAGGAACAAAGCGAUCACUCGCCAAAUCUGUGAGCGUAGAGAGAGCACUGAAGAGUUAAGUUAUCAUAGACAUAUUUUUGUGAUAUCAAAGAGUGACCUCAAAAAUUCUAUAAAAAGAAAUACUCAAAAUAAUGCAUAAUGUGUCAUAUUUUAUUGUUUCUGUAAAUAAAAUGGUAAAUAAAAUGGAACUUGCACUCA